AUGAGAUUAAAUAUCCUCAAAGAAUGUUUCUCUACAUUCCUGAAAUCUGGAGACAAAUCAAACUUUAAAUAUGGCCUGGUUGACUGCUAACUCAAAGAUGUUUAAUUCUAAUUUAAAUCACCUUAAUUUAAUGAUAUUGCCCAAUAAUAUUACGAAGCAUAUGAGAAGAAGGGAGACGAGGAAUAUGAAAAGUUGAAUGAAGAAUUAUAAUAAUUGAUCCAACCCUAUUAUCUUUAGGAUGUGUCUCAAAUAAUGAAUCAUUUUAACAUGUUAGAUUUGUCAGCCUGGUAAACACUGGUAGUAUAAAUGUGCAAUAACCUAGAAGCUAUUCCACUCACAGAAAUGACUAUUACACUCAAAUAAAUAUUCUUGUUCAUGAGUAGAAAGUUUAGAAUGCAAGAAUCAAGCGUUGAGUAAUACCAUUAUAGUGAAUAUGAACUCCCUCUUGUUUUUACAGAAAAUCAAUUAUUUACUAUUCUCAAUCAAUUGAAAUUCGAUCAAACUCAAAUAAACAAUUACUUAGAAGCUUUGACUACUCUACUUAGUAUAUUUUUCAAAUUCAGUCGAAUUUAACCAAUAUCCUUUUAUGAUGUUUAUGAAAUAGUUAGAAAAAAACUCUAAAUUGUAUUGGAUAAUCACCUAGAUGAAUUAGAUCUUAAUAACCUAAUAACCAUGUAUUAAAGUUAUGGAUCUGAAUCUGAAAUAAUUGAAUAAAUCAUUCAGAGAGUAAAAUAACUCGAUUCUGCAGUUCCACAUCGAGAAUUGGAUAGAAUAUUAGAAAUCUGGAAAACCAAUGGAAACAUUGAUUAGGAUUUAUUACUCAUUUUAAAAUCUGAACUUCUAUAUUAAAUUAAAUUGACCAAUAAAUAUUAAUAAAAUAAAGUUUUUUAGAGAAUAUUUGCUUUAAUCUAUGCAAAUGUUAAUGAUGCUGAAAUAUUACAUGUUAUAGAAAAAAAAUUAUAAAAAUCUACAAAAUUGCUUGAAAGUAGAAAUUAUUCAUUUUAAAAUGUAUUUUUAUAAUUUCUAAACUAUCUUAGGGUUAUUUAACUUGCAUUAAAAUAUUAAAACUACGUCAUCCUGAAUUGUCACUACCUCAAAUCUAAAUGAAACCUAAACGCGUUAGUAAAUAGAUGUAGAAGUCUUUAUAAGAAAAUAUACUAAUAAAUUUCUUCAGAUAAUAUAUUAAUUCCUUAGAUGAAAAAGUUAAGAUUAAAGUUGAUGCUCCUUGCUGGAUAUAUCUAAUUGAUGUUGCAUUGUUGUUUCAAGAUGCUAAAAUUGCGUUUGAACUAUCAGGCUCAGUUUAUUUCAGAGGCAACAGCUUAACAGGUAAGAAAUAAGCCAAAAAGGAAAUUAUGAUUUCUGAAGGAUGGAAACCUAUAUUCCUUGGAAACUAGGAAAAGAUUUUAUUUAACAAUUUUAGCUUCAAUCAAUAAUAAUUACCAGAAUAAAUAGAAAGAUUAUUUGAUGAUUUAUUCGAGAAGGCGUUGGGUAGAAAACUGUAGAAAAAAUAACAUUGAG